CCAUUGGUCCGCUUCAGACCUCAGUUUUAGGUGACCAAUCACGCGAGGUUUUACUGCAAGAUCCGUCUUUUACGGUUACUGGCUCUAAAUUUGAAUUUCCGUUGGAGGAAGAGUUGAGGCGUCCCUGGAGAGUUUUCUCCUGAAUCAGUCCUACUGAGUCAAUAUGAACAGAGCUAUGUUCUUCUCCUGUGCUGAAUGCUUUUAAUCAUGUCAUGUCUCGCCUAGUAAACUUUAUUUGUGAAGUUCUUGAGUACUUUGGAAUAUCAUCUGACAUACUCGUAUCACUAUGGCAAAGCAAACCGUAUGGCCAGUCUCGGAGCAUUGUACGAAGGAUAGGUUCAGCUCUUCCGUUAAAUCGUUGGCCCAGAAUCUGCUUUCAGCUUUUAGAAGGAAUAAGUGUGCCUGACUUGUGUAAAUACACCCCUGAACCUAUGGUUCCAUCUCUGGCUGAUGUAGCAUGGAUCGCUGAUGAUGAAGGUGACAUAUUCACUCGAUUUAGGAAUGAAGUGCGCCCAGCCAAAGUUCAAUGUAUGAUUAGCUCAAUGCAAGAACAUUACAAGUUGACAACUUCUGUAAAUCAUUUAAAAAGAAAGAACAAUACUUGGAACCAUGGUGUAUCAAAUGAAAAUGCCUUAAAUAAAAUCUCUCAACUUGAAGAUGAAUUAUCUCGUUUGAGGUCACAAAUUGCCAUGAUUAUUUCAGGACAGGAUCAAAGACCAGGUUCUGCUUGUUUAACUCAGCUGGAAUCAAAUGGUUCGGAAUCAAAUGGCUUUUCCAUUCCUGGUACUCCUGCCUUCGUUCCUCUUCCAAAAUUAGCAUCAACGCCGCUUGGUGCUAUGAGUCAUCCAUCUAUGGCUGCUACUGAACAAGUGCCGCCACCACCACCACCACCACCACCACCACCACCGUCAUCAACUACUGAGAGCAAUGUUGUAGCAACUAAAGAUUUCAACCAAGACUGCCAGGCUUUGAAGAUAAAUUCUAGUCAUGUGACCAUCAAACCAAAGCUAAUUGAAAAAUCCUCAAAGUCCUUUAGCAUGAUGGAUGUAUUGAAGGACAUGCAGAAUGUCAAAUUAAGAGUAGUAGAAAGGUCACCAGGAGGAACACCUAUAGGGAAGAAACCUGCAAUGAAAGCACACAUUUCUGACCCAGCAGCACUUAUUGCUGAAGCUUUAAAACAGAAGUUUGCACACAGAUACCUUAAUGAUUCUUCUGAUAAGGAAAAUGAGUCCUUUGAAUUUUCUCCUCUAUCAAGUCCAGAGACUUCAAGGUUUGGGAAACACCUCCCAAGACAUGGCAACCCAAAUACUUUGAAGACUGGUAAAAUAUUGUAACCAGGAAUGUAAAUGUUGGUAAAUAUUAAUCAUUAAUCAGGGGAAAGAACUGGGGCAAUAUUAAAGCUGGUUCUUUGUAAAAUGGGUACAAGUAACAGGAGAGAUGCUUUACCAUAAAUCCUAUUUAAGUCAUGCACUGAGGAUAAGUUGCUGUUAUUUAAGAAGGCUAGCACAAGACAUUGUAAAUGUUAUAAGUUUUAUAACUUAUAAAAACAUUUUAUAAGUUAGGUAGAAUUCGUUAAACUACUUUUUUAAGAAUUUAUUUUUCUUUCAAAGAGGCUUCAUUAAACACAAAAAGUGCAUGUCUGGUAGAUUUGAACUAAUGCUGUGCCAGUACCAAAUAAUCUUUUUAAUUAAUAUCUCUUUUAUCUUCGGAUUGUGCUUGUAAAUUUUGAAAAAAUUGAGUCUUCAGCAGUGUUCAGAGUUAAACGGGAUAAAGUCAUGUAAAUGUGUGAUUCAUCAAUUAAACU